GUCAUUCUGCCCACAACCUCGUACCACAACAACAGAAUCAAUAAUGCCAUCAAGUACAGACAAUACCUUGAAAGAACGACCAGCUGUCGCUAUCUCGGAUCUGCGAGACCGGCUGCCAAAGCUGACACCUCGGCGUCGACCACCUCCUGCUGCGAAUCCUCUGCCAGUACCCGAGACUCCGAAUCUCCCACCGCCUCCGGAGCUCUCGACAUUUAGUUUCAAGAAGCCCACGAGACGUAUCCUCUCACCAAAAGACCAUGACCUGUUUCUAAGCUCUCCCACAUACAAUCUCCUGCUGGCUUUUGUUUUUGGCCUUACAGAGUCGGUCGUCGACACCCCAGUCUCAGCAGUCAAGGACAGCGAUCUCAGCCCCGCAGUCAAAAACAUUCUUGAUAUUCUCGACAAAGUUGAAGAUGUGGUCAAGAGAAGUCCACCAGAGGAGCAGGGUGAUUCCCGCUUUGGCAACAGAGGAUUCCGCGACUUCAUCGACCUAGCAGGGAAGGAGCAUAUAGGGUGGCACGAACAGCUAGGCAUCAGACCCAAGGAAGCUAUCACCGAGAGCUCAACAUACUUCCUCCAAUCCUUCGGCAAUCGCACAAGAAUAGACUACGGUUCCGGGCAUGAGUUAAAUUUCAUGAUAUGGUUGUUCUGCCUCUACCAGCUGCGAAUAAUCACCCCAUCCGACUUUCGCCCCGUCGUUCUUAGGGUCUUCACCCGAUACCUCACUCUCAUGAGGAAAAUCCAAUCCACAUACUAUUUAGAACCAGCAGGCUCACAUGGUGUGUGGGGACUAGAUGACUACCAGUUUCUCCCCUUCCUUUUCGGCUCCUCGCAGCUCCUCCAUCACCCUUUUAUCCGCCCCCUCUCCAUACACCAAAGCCUCAUACUCGAAGAAUACGGAAACGAUUACUUAUAUCUGGGCCAAGUCAACUUCGUCAACAGUGUCAAGAACGUUGAAGGCUUAAGAUGGCAUAGUCCUAUGCUAGACGACAUAUCGUCAGCAAAGUCGUGGUCUAAAGUCGAAGCUGGAAUGAGACGUAUGUUUGUUGCAGAAGUUCUGAAGAAGCUACCAGUUAUGCAACACUUUUUGUUUGGAUCUUUGAUACCGGCGGUGGAUGAGAUGAGCAAGGAGGAAGAAUUUGGAGUUCCGAGUGAGGAAGAGGAUCCUGAGGGAGGAGAAGUGGUAGUUAUGGUUGAUGGAAUGAAACAUGUGCAUCAAAUGAAUAGCUGGGGCGAUUGCUGUGGUAUCAAAGUGCCCAGUAGUGUUGCAGCUGCUCUGGAAAUGAAAAAAAGAAUGGGCGGUGGCGGAGAAGGCCUGAGACGAAUACCUUUUGACUAGAUUUAGUAAUCGUAUCUCUCCUGCUCUACCCUGGAGAGAUGAGCAUCAUGACUUACAAUUCCCUCAAAUGGCUACUUAUGUAAUGACUCUGCCAAGCCAC